AUGGCCUCUGCACUGAGAACAGCAAUGCUACGCCACAUUCGGGUUCCAGUGUCUCAAAUCCUAACCCUAAACGGAUCGAAGCUGCGCUUAUGCAGCACCGUCCGAUCAAUGUCAUCUCACGGUGACGAUCACCUAGACAAAAAAGAAGUCAUCGAUAGAGUCCUCGACGUUGUCAAGAGCUUCCCCAAAGUAGACCCUUCCAAG